AUGGACAACUCUCGACUCGGCAAGUUGCCUGCGGAGCUGCGCAACAAGAUUUCGAUGUUCGCUGUAUCCCAGGACAAACCUAUCAAGCUCAUACACGACAGCCGAGGCAUCUGUCAUGCUCCUCGGGACGCACGCGAGAAGCAUCCUCUUGGUAUCUCAAAGACUUGCAAGGCUCUCUACGACGAGACUCGAGGAAUUUUCUACGCGCAUAACACCUUCACCAUCGACCCCCGGGCCCCGGGCGACUGCCGCCAGUUCUUGGUCGCGUUCCAUGGGUCUCAGGCUUCCGCCCGACGCAACCUCGAAAAGCAGCCUCAUGUUGUGAUCACUCUCCCUAUGAAUGAGUGCAUACCACUGCCACCAACCGCCCCCGCUCCAGCAUCCAAUACCCAGCUCAUGUACGACCUUGUACGGGCCAUGUACGCACAAUGGAUCUUCGAGACGUACGACAAGAUACGGGCGAGUGGCAUUGACAAGAGCCUGUGGGACAUGGCCUAUAAGUUCGAAGACACGGAGAGCGAGGGUUUUCCACACGCUGUAAUCUCUGAUGACAACCAGGAAUCGGUCUUUGAGGUCAUGGCGCUACUCAAGGAGCAGGGUGAGCGCUUGUCGGCUGAGAAGUGA